UCCCCCUCUCUCUCUAGUCCACUAGGACAGUACCAACAGUCCAACAGUGUGGUCUCUCUCUGACUCUCUCUAGCGCUCACCAUCUCUCUCUCUCUCUCUCUCACUACACUCGCCAAGGCCAAGCACACGGAGACAAACACCAUUGCUGCGUUUCCUCUUCCUAACCCCGAGAGGAGGCGGCUACAUUCCGUUUUUACCUCCGUAGAGCGCACGCACUCGCGGCCUUCUGGAGUCCCACUCUCGCUCCUCCACGGACACGAGGGAAGCUCCCUCACUCUCGCCGCCGAGCACAACUUCGCCGGUCCCUCCCCUCUCCGCCAGAUCCUCCACCUGCCAAGGCCGCCGCUCCUCUCUCGGUCUAGUGGCGGUGGAGAUCCGUCCAGGAGAGGACGUUCAUUCACGUGUUGGUUAGUAAUCCUCCCUUGCUUGGAUGAGGCGACUGGCACAACGUCAUUGCUUGCUUGGAUGACGAAUUGCAGCUUGGCCAGUUCACAUCUGUAGCAGUAUCCGUUUCUUGACGUACCGGUUCUUGGCUCCAUUCUUCCUAUUUGCUCCUCUUUCGCGCCGAAAUCCUCAAAGUUUGCAUCUUUAAUCUGCUCUCUCGUUCCAAGGAGCUUAAACCCUACCUACCUGCAUCAUCUCGCGCUCAGUGUUUGGAAAAAUCAUCUCAUUUGCAUGAACAGUACUGCAAUUGUUUGCUGCAAAGAAGGAUCUUGCAAUGCGGCUCAUCUUCUUGUGCCUCUCGAUCUGGGCGGUGUCUGCUGCCGCCGCGGGGGCCGGUUCAGACAUGGAGGCAUUGCUGGAGUUCAGCAGAGGCAUCCGGCAAGACCCAUCCGGCCGUGAGGCCAGCCCCUGGAACCCCACCAGCGCUCUGGACUCCAACGGCUGCCCCGUCGAUUGGCACGGCGUGCAGUGCAGCGGCGGCCAGAUUCUUUCGAUUGCACUUGAUGGCAUUGGGCUUGUUGGGAAUGCUAGCUUGUCAGCUCUUGCAAGGAUGCCGAUGCUUCGGAACUUGUCCCUGUCAGGCAACAAAUUGGAAGGGGUCUUGCCCCGUGAGCUGGGGUCUAUAGCUUCGUUGCAGCUGCUGGAUCUGUCGAACAACAUGUUCUCUGGUUCAAUUCCCUCUGAAUUGACCAAGCUUGCUGGUUUGGGGUAUCUCAACCUCUCUUCCAAUGGUUUUGGUGGCGCUUUGCCGCUGGGUUUCCGGAACUUGAGGAAAUUGAAGUACUUGGACCUCCACGGCAAUGGCUUCACGGAUAAAUUGGACGACAUAUUUGCGCAGCUGCAGAGUCCAGUCCAUGUUGAUUUGAGCUGCAAUCAGUUCUCAGGGUCCCUGACAUCAGUCUCUGACAACUCAUCUGCGGUCAUCACGCUGCAGUACUUGAAUGUUAGCCACAAUAUGCUAUCGGGGACACUAUUUGAGAGUGAUCCAAUGCCUUUGUUCGACAGCCUGGAGGUGUUUGAUGCAAGUUCUAAUAUACUCAGUGGCAAUAUCCCGCCAUUCAACUUUGUGAUUUCCCUCAAGGUGUUGCGCCUGCAGAACAACAAUUUUUCAGGCUCCAUCCCAGAAGCACUCUUUCGGGAGACCUCUAUGGUGCUGACUGAACUUGACCUUAGCUGCAAUCAACUUACAGGUCCAAUUAGGCGUGUAACAGCGAUGAAUUUGAAGUACCUAAACCUUUCAUGCAAUAACCUUCAAGGAACUCUACCAAUCACAUUUGGAAGCUGUUCAGCCGUUGAUCUGAGUAGAAACAUGCUUUCAGGGAACUUAUCAGUUGUCCGAACAUGGGGAAAUUAUCUUCAGAUGAUUGAUUUGAGCUCAAAUAGAUUAAUGGGAACUUGGCCAGAUGAGACAACCCAGUUUUUGAGGCUGACAUCAUUGAGGAUUUCCAACAACUUGCUAGCAGGAGAACUGCCAGCUGUCCUUGGAACUUAUCCGGAGUUGAUUGCCAUUGACCUUAGUCUCAAUCAGCUACGUGGGCCUUUGCCUGGAAAUCUGUUUACAGCAGUUAAGCUGACUUAUUUAAAUCUUUCAGGAAACAGCUUUUCAGGGACGCUUCCCCUUCCCAAUUCUGAUACCAAGAACUCGACUUCUGUAGACUUGUCUAUUCACCCCAUGCAAACUUCAAACCUGUCAUUUGUUGAUCUUUCAAACAAUUCUUUGAGUAGCUCACUGCCUUCAGGCAUUGGUGACUUGAGUGCAUUGUCAUUGCUGAACCUUCAUCAGAACAACUUUACUGGGCAAAUCCCAAAAGCAAUCACCAAGCUUAAGCAUUUGCUGUACAUUGACUUAGGAGGCAAUCAGUUCAAUGGCAGCAUACCUGAUGGCCUCCCUGAUGGACUACUCGAGUUCAAUGUCUCCUACAACAACCUGUCUGGCUCUGUUCCAAGCAAUUUGCUGAAAUUCUCUGAUUCAUCUUUCCAUCCAGGGAAUGAUUUACUUGUUCGUCCACGCUCUGAAUCACUAAAUGGCCCUGACAAAUCAGCUGAGGGGAUACACGGUAUGAAGCGUGGAAUUCUAUAUGCAUUGAUUGUAUGUGCUGUUCUAUUUGUUAUCGGGAUCAUUGUGCUAUUGCUUGUUCAUUGGAAGAUCAAUAGCUGGAAGAGUAGCGAAAAAGGUACUGGCCAAAGUAAACAACCUGUAACUCAAGGCCAGAGUGCUCAGAGAAGUGCAGAAGCUCCAACAACUGAAAUGCAUGAUGUAUCAUUAGGAUCAUCGCCAACUGCAGAAUAUGGAGCUGUUUCAUUGCCUGGCAAGGAAAGAGAGCAUGAAUCCCAAGAUGUACCAGUGGAUUCUGCUUAUUCCAAUGAGCCAGCAGGUAGUAGCUUGGCCUUGAAAGACAGCACCAAGUCUUCGAUGCCUUCUUUGUCAUCAUCACCUCCUGAUGCACAUGGCCAGCAUCAUCACUCUAUCCUUAGAGUGCACUCUCCUGACAAAUUGGUUGGAGAUUUACAUCUCUUUGACAAUUCAAUUGUGUUCACGGCAGAAGAGCUCGCUCGCGCUCCUGCUGAGGUAAUUGGUAGGAGUUGCCAUGGGACUUCCUACAGGGCUACCCUGGACAAUGGGUACAUGCUGACAGUGAAGUGGCUGAAGGAGGGCUUUGCUAAGAGUAAGAAAGAUUUUUCCCGUGAAAUAAAGAAGCUUGGUAGUGUUAAACAUCCCAAUCUUGUCUCCUUGCGAGGCUACUACUGGGGCCCCAAAGAGCAUGAGAGGAUCAUCAUAUCAGACUAUGUAGAUGCCACAUCUCUGUCUACCUACUUGGCUGAAUUUGAAGAGCGCAAUCUCCCACCUCUAUCAGUGGGCCAGCGGCUGGACAUCGCGAUUGACAUUGCCCGCUGUCUAGAUUACCUUCACAAUGAGUGGCUGAUCCCGCAUGGCAACAUUAAGUCGUCGAAUGUCCUGAUUCAGAAUUCCACUCCAUCUGCCCUGGUAACGGACUACAGCCUCCACAGGCUGAUGGCUCCGAUUGGUAUGGCAGAGCAGGUCCUAAAUGCUGGUGCCCUGGGGUAUUCCCCACCUGAGUUUUCGAGCACUAGCAAGCCAUACCCAUCUCUGAAGAGCGACGUGUACGCCUUUGGUGUCAUUCUGCUCGAGCUGCUGACCGGGAAUAUUGCCAGUGAGAUCAUCUGUGUGAAUGAUGGCGUGGUUGACCUGACGGACUGGGUGAGGAUGCUGGCACUGGAGGAGCGUGUUUCGGAGUGCUAUGACAGGCACAUUUCGGAAGCUGAAAGCUCAGAAGGUGCCCCAAAGGCGCUGAAUGACAUGCUGCGCAUCGCAAUCCGGUGUAUCCGGCCUGCGUCAGAGAGGCCGGAGAUAAGGACGGUGUUUGAGGACCUCUCGUCCCUGUUAUCAUGACUGGAGUUCAUGGUACUGUACAUCUCGUACUUACAUCAGCUUGUGAAAACUUGGAGAGGGUAUACUAACAAUUGUUAGGAUUUUGUGGCGAAGUGUGUAGUCUCCUUGAGCAUUCAUUGUUUGGGUUGCUCUUCCAGGGAAGAGUUGAUUCAUUUUUAGUUAGUCCACAAUUUUAGCGGUAGAUGAUUGUGAGAGUGAGUUUGUGCAUUGUGAUUUCAGACAUCAGAAAGGGAAAUAAAGAAA